UAGUUACAACGUUCCAGAUUGUAGAUCUUCGAAUCAGGGUAAAAGCUGACGAACUAUUAGUAAAAUGGCAGAAGCCAGUGUUUUGUGGGACCAGUUCAGCUGUUCAAUCUGUUUGGAUCUACUGAAGGAUCCAGUGACGAUCCCCUGUGGACACAGUUACUGUAUGAGCUGCAUUACAGACUGCUGGAAUAAAGAUGAUCAGAAGAGAGUUUACAGCUGCCCUCAGUGUAGAAAGACCUUCACUCCAAGACCUGUUUUAAACAAGAAUGUGGUGUUUGCUGAAAUGGUGGAAACACUGAUGAAGACAAAAGUCCAAACAGCUCGUCCUCCUCUCAGUUAUGCUGAACCUGGAGAUGUGGAGUGUGACAUCUGCACUGGAAGGAAAUAUAAAGCUGUCAAGUCCUGUCUAGUGUGUCUGGAAUCAUACUGUCAAACUCAUUUUGAGCGACAUGAGGAAUUUCACUCCGGUAGUAGACGACACAAAGUGACUGAUGCCACUGGACGACUGCAGGAGAUGAUCUGCUCUCAACACGACAGACUGAUGGAGGUUUACUGUCGUACUGACCAGCAUUGUAUUUGUUUGCUAUGUACGAUGGACAAACACACAAAUCACGAUACUGUUUCGGCUGAAGCAGAGAGAUCUGAGAAACAGAAACAGCUGUGGGACAUACAAAGAAAGACUCAGCAGAGAAUCCAGAAGGGAGAGAAAAAGCUUCAGGAGCUGAAAGAGACUGUGAAGACUCAUAAGCGCUCUGCACAGGCUGCAGUGCAGGAUAGUGAAAGGAUUUUUACUGAACUGAUCCGGUCCAUUAAGAAAAGCCAAUCUGAGGUGACACGGAUGAUCAGAGACCAGGAAAAAGCACAAGUGAGUCGAGCUGAAGGACUCUUGAAGCGACUGGAGCAGGAGAUUGAUGAUCUGAGGAGGAGAGAAGCUGAGCUGAAGCAGCUUUCACACACUGAUGAUCACAUACAUUUCCUUCAGAGUUUCCAGUCUCUCUCUGUUCCUCCUGUAUCCACAGACAGCAGUAAUGUCAGUUCUCUCCUCUCUUAUGAUGACUUUUCUCUAUCUGUCUCUAUGCUAAGAGGAAAACUUGAAUACGUCUGCAAAGAAGCAACAGAAAAUAUAUUUGGUAAAGUUGUGACAUACAUUGAACUUGUUACUGCCACUGAACUCAGGACCAGAGAUGACUUCUUGCAAUAUUCCUGUGAGCUCACACUGGAUUCGAACACUGCACAUAAAUACCUCCGUCUUUCUGAUGGCAACAGAGUUGCUACUUUUAUUGGGGCUGACCAGUCGUACCCUGUUCAUCCGGACAGAUUUCAUGAUUUUUCUCAGGUGUUGUGUAGAGAGAGUGUGUGUGGACGCUGCUACUGGGAGGUGGAGUGGAGUGGGACGUCUGGGGUGGGAAUAGCAGUGUCAUAUAAGAGCAUCAACAGGAAGGGAGAUGGUGAAGAUUGUGUCUUUGGAUUUAAUGAUCAGUCCUGGAGAUUGUCCUGCUCUGGCUCCAGGUAUGCGUUCAGACACAAUCAGAAAGAAAUUAAACUCCCUGUAGUCUCCAGCUCUUCUAGAAUAGGAGUGUAUGUGGAUCACAGUGCAGGAAUUCUUUCCUUCUAUAGAGUCUCUGACACAAUGACCCUCAUCCACAGAAUCCAGACCAUAUUCACUCAGCCAAUCUAUCCAGGGUUUGGGGUCAAUUUAGGAUCAACAGUGAAACUCUCAUCUGCAGAGAUUCUAUGAAUAAGAGGACUAUAUACAGGUUUAAGCAUGCUGAUGAGUAGUAAAUGCGGAUAGCAGCUGCCUCUCUCCCAUCUA